CUAGAAUAGUUUAACUAAUAAUCUUCUUCUUAAUGUAAGUUUUUUCAAUCAUAAUGAAGGAGGUUAUGAAUAUAACAAGUCGCCAAGAUAUUGUUUGCAGAGCUUGUGAAGAGACUGUAAAUCUUGAACCAAUAUAUGAUGGUUACCAUAAUUCAUUGGCAAUGAAAUUUAAAUUUUGUGUAAAUGUGCAGGUAGAUGAAGGUGAUGGACUGCCACAAAAUUUAUGUAAGCAAUGCAUAAAUGUUUUGGAUAUGUUUUUUGAAUUCAAACAAAGAUGUGAAAAAAUAGAUACCAAACUAAGACAAAUUGCUUUGACCUUAAAUGUUCAAUCACCACAACAAGCAGAAAAUAAUGUCGACAGACAAGCUGACCCUUGUGUUACAAAAUAUGAAGCAUAUUGCUUUGAUGAUCUUGUUUUAGAUAUCGUAGAUCCACUAUAUAAGAAUGAAGAACUUCCAGUGAAAGAGGUUUGUGUAUAUGAUAAAAAUAAUUAUACAAACGUUGUUCAAACUGAAGAAGUACCAAUUAAUGCUGAAUCCAAUUCUGAGGAUAGUGAUAAUGAUUAUAAACAAAAGUCAAAUGUUACAUCGAAACAAAAACAGCAAAAAAUUUAUCCUUGUACAGCAUGCAAUGAGCAAUUCCAUACAUAUACUGAAUGGAUUAACCAUAGAAAAAGCCAUGGUCUAUUGAAAUAUGUUUGUAACAUUUGUCAAAGAGCUUUCGCGAAGAAAGCUUAUUUAGAUAAGCAUCAAAAAACCCAUAAAGAUAUUACAGAAUUACAGAAGUUUGAAUGUGAAUGUUGUUCAAAGAGGUAUACAAGCAAAGGCAAUUUAGAAAGACAUAUGCGUUGCCACACUGAUGACAAACGCCAUGUAUGUGAUGUGUGUGGCAAGCGCUUCAUUCAAUCAACAACAUUGAGAAGUCAUCAGUUAACUCAUUUAGAUAUUAAGAAUCAUGCCUGUAAAGAUUGUGAUAAAAAAUUUAAGUCAAAACAGUAUUUGUUACAGCACAGAGAGAAAAUGCAUAAUAAGUAUUUUAUUCAAAAACCUUUUUGUUGCAACAUAUGUUCCAGCAAAUUUAUAAGUGAAAGAAAACUAAAAUGGCAUCUCAGCAAUCACAAGUCAUGUGAUGGUAUUAUACCAAACAAAGUUAUAAAAAAACGCCAACCACGGCAAAUUUGUUGUAUUUGUACAUUUUGUGGAAAGACUUUCAAACAGCGUGCUCAAUUGCGAAUUCACCAAAGAGUUCAUACUGGUGAAUUGCCAUUUGAGUGCAAACUAUGCCAUAAGAAAUUUAGGUUUCAGGCAAGUUUUAAAUUUCAUGAAUACAGUCACACAGGUGAGCGGCCAUUUAGCUGCAAUUUGUGCCCUAAAACAUUCAGGCAACCCACACAUUUGCGAAAUCAUCAAAAGGUUCAUACAGGGGCAAAACCGCAUACAUGUACUUAUUGCCCGAAAAGUUUUGCAUCCAAAUCGAAUUUGAAAGUUCAUAUUAGAAUUCAUACUGGUGAACGACCUUAUGUCUGUAAUGAUUGUGGACGAGCUUUUCUAGAUUCUAAUGGACUAAAAAAGCAUGCUAAGAGACAUGUAGAGUGAAUAAGAUCAACAACAAUUUGUGCAAUAAUAAAAUAAUAAGGAGCAGAUUACAUACAAUUAAUGAAAACAAGCAUUAUAUACAUUGUACUAGACACAAUUAAAAUAUUUAAUAUGAAUUAUGGUGUUCAAUAUCUCAAAUUGAUGAUAUGUUUCCUAAUUUACAUACUUUGAUUAGGGAGCUACCAAAGAUGUAGGGCUAAUACACAUAAUUGCAUAAUCUUUGUGAAAUGAAAAAUAUCAGAGUCAAACAACAUAUUCAAUGUUUGGAAUUAAAAACAUAUUAUAAAAUUAUCCUUUGGAUAACAAGGAGAUUGCACAAUCAGAGUUUAGAAAGUUACUAAUUACUUAAUUAUUAAUUAAGUACAGAAACAAUAUGAAAAAGAUAAGAAAUAUCUAAUGAAUGCGAAACAUUUAUGAAAAAAUUGAAUGAAAGCCACUUGUGCAGGCAUAUAUGUGGCUAGAAGUUGUGGUGCAUCCUAAUUUGAAUGGUCAUGGACAGGUUUUUGAAAUAGAUACAUGAAAUUUUAAAAAUCCCUCACAAUAUGUGUCUUCUUUAAAGAAAACUUCACAGAUUGUUUUAAAUAAAUAUUUGAUUCACUAAUAAUUCACCCCUCUCAAAUAUGUGAUUAAAUAUCAUAACACAUAUUUAAGUAUCUUAAUUGAAUUAUAAUA